AUGCGUUUGAUACCGCUUUGGGCGGCAGCUUUAUUGCUGUUGUCAUUGGAAAAUUCUAGUGGAUUUCAACCAAAUCCAGGCACAACCACAAUUCGUGUUGCUGGGAGAUCCUCAAGUCGUUCGGUUGGACUGAACGCCAAGAAGAACCCCUCAUCAGCCAACAGUAAUGUCAAGGAAACGAACGAUGGAUUAUGGUUUGCUUCGACCUCUGUGCCGCCAAAUAAGAACAAGCAGAUGCAAGAAAAAGAGGAUGAUGAGAAGAAGAACGGUGCAUCGACGACAACAGCUGCCGCUGCCACGGGAACUACUCUUGCGGUGGCUAGAACGGCAACCACAAUGGCAACAGGAAGCGGAAUUGCUGCCACUGCCGUGACCAGUGGUACUACCACAGCAGCGACCACCAGUGGAACCUCCGCUGCUGCUGGUUCCCUUGCAGCCGCUCGCACCGCCACGACUCUGGCGUCCAGUGUGGCAGCGACUACCACAGCGGUUACAACCACCACGGGUACUGCUACUACGUCAGGAGUGACUGCUGCAAGUUCCUUGACUGCGGCCAGAACAGUCGCCACGGCGGCUGGAGCCAGUGGAAUGAUUGGAGCAGGAACUGGGGCUACUACCACUAGUACGGCAGCAGCUGGAUCUCUGACGGUGGCUCGGACAGCCACCACCUUGGCUUCUGGAGUCGCCGCCACGACGGCUACCACAACUUCAGGGUCCACUGCUGCUGGUAGUGCUGCUGCUGGUAGUGUUGUGGCAUCACGAGCUGCCAUUACGGGUGGGCUGGCUGCAGCAGCCACCGGCACAUCUACUUCGUCUACUACCACUGCAGCUGCCGGCUCAGUGGCGGCCUCACGAGCUGCCAUCACGGCGGGUGGAGGGCUGGCUGCGGCAACCGCCAGCACAUCGACUUCGUCUACUACCACGGCAGCAGCCGGAUCUGUGGCAGCCUCUCGUGCUGCAGCAGCGGGGGUAGCAGCGACAACAGCAACAACAUCUUCACGAAUCUUGACUGGCACCGCCACUGGAACGGCCGCCGCCAGCAAAGCAACCAGUACGGCAGCCUCGGCAAGACUGGGUGCGACUGCGGUUCCUUUCUUUGCUGCCAAAAAGGCCACCGUGCUGGCAUCCUCGUCUCGGGUGGCUGUUGGUUCCGCGGCGGCGGUUGUAGCAGCCGAUGCCGCCGUCGAUGGAACAGGUUUGGGAGAAGCCUUGUUGGCUGCAAGCUCCGAAAUGGUUGGAGAUGCCGCCACCGUGGUGGGUGAUGCUGUCAUGGAUGGCGUAUCCUCGGCAGCCGGUGCCGUGGCCGAUGCGGCUGUGGGUGUGGCGACGGAUGCGGCGAUUGGUUCCGGAACGGUCUGGGGUUUCUGGGAUGGCUUGCACCGUGUAUUGCCCAAUUGGUUGUUUACAGGAGGCGCCGCUGUGAUCGGCGGAGAGCUGGCAUUUGCCGGCUUUGCCUUGUACGUGGCAACAACGACAGCAAUGGGUGGUGGCGAUGAAAGUACUACUAGUACUCUCUUGGAGCAGGAAGUGGCAUCAAAAGAGGAAGCAUCGAACGACCACAUGGAAGAAGCAACAAUCAUGGCAGCCAGCGAAGUUGACAUUGAUGACGUGCUAGCCCUGGCCGAAAUGGCGUUGCAAUCUGCUGACGAGGCAUUGGCCAAUGCACCAUUGCAACACACAAAACACUACAUGAACGAGUCCGAUCAAAGAAGACUGCUAGAGGCAAGAAUUCAGAACGAUUUGGUUGCUCAAAGGUAUAGAUGGAUCUUGUAG